GGGUCAGAAAGCUAGUCUAGGUCUUUGCCCGCCCCAUCGGUCAGUACCGUUGUUUUGAAACCCUACGAAAUUCUAAGCCCAAUAUCAGUUUUUUCGUUAGCUUCUCAAAUUCAGGCUCCGAUUUAGGGUUUGGGUUAGAGCUCUUCUCAGACUCUUUAGCUUCCAUUACAAUAUCGGCUGAUUUUGUUGACUGAAUCGAUUAAAAGAAAUCACUCAAUCCGUAAUAUGGGAAAGAGGGAAAGAAAGUUGAAAGCGUGCUCGUCAUCGUCACCACUUGAAGGGGAAUCUAAGGAAUCUGAACCCGCCGCCGCCACAGCUGUCAGCGAUGAUGAUGCGGAGGGUAAUGAAGAUCUUAGUUUAAAAAUCGUUGAGACCGCCAUAAAACGCGCUAAGUCCUUGAAAAAUGACGCCGAUUUGGAGGAGCCGAUGAGUGUCGAUAGUAAGAAGAGCAAGAAAGAGAAGAAAAAGAAGAAGAGGAAAGAUGGGGACACUAAGUUGGAAGAGAAAAAUGCUUCUCAUGAAAUGCCUCAUAAAUGUGAAAACUUCUGCAGCAACAUAGUUGGGGAGGACAAAGUGAAUGAAGGUGAUAAUGAAAACACUACCCAAACAAGUGACAAUGUAAAAAAAGAUGAGGAAACAAAUCCUACUGAGAUACCAGAUAAUGCAGUCCUGCGAAAGCUUCUUCGUGGACCAAGAUACUUUGACCCCCCAGGCAGUGGAUGGGGCUCAUGCUAUAAUUGUGGUGAAGAGGGUCACAUGAGUGUAAACUGCACUGCUGCUAGGCGCAACAAGCCAUGUUUUUUGUGCGGGAGCUUGGAACAUAACAUUAAACAGUGUAAGAAGGGAAAAGAUUGUUUCAUUUGCAAGAAAGAAGGCCACAGAGCAAAAGACUGUCCUGAGAGAAACAAUGGAGGGUCUUGGAGUUCUAAAAUGUGUUUGAAGUGUGGGGAUUCCGGACAUGAUAUGUUCUCUUGUCACUCCGACUACCACCCAGAUGACCUUAAGCUGAUACAGUGUUACAUUUGCAAGAGAUUUGGCCAUCUUUGUUGUGCUGACUAUCCUGACAAUGGUCCAAGCGAGGUUUCCUGUUACAAAUGUGGUUCAUUAGGCCAUACUGGUUUGGCUUGUGCUGGAUUUCGUGGGGAGACUAGUGCUACAGGGACCCUACUUACAUGCUACAGAUGCGGUGAAGAUGGUCAUUUUUCACGGGAGUGCACAUUUCGCAGGGUUGGUAAUAAAAGAAGCCAUGAAUUACGAACACCCAAAAAGAAAAUAUUCUCUGACAUGAAGGAAGAACGCAUGGGAUCCUGGUCUAUGCCGACAGAUGAUUUUGGCAAGAGAAGAAAGAAAAAAGCGAUAUAUGAAGGUGACUUUAGAUCAGAGCAUAAAACUAAAAGGAGGGGUGGCUGGAUAACGGAUGAUCCUGAAGACUUCUCAGGAUACAAUAAUACCUGGACAAGUCAUGCAACUCCUAGCACUAAGAGAUCUUGGAAGUACAGUAAUGGCAACUCCAAUGGACAUGCUUCCAAUCCCUGGUCCUCAAGAAAGUCCCAUACACCUAAUUUCACUCAUUCGCCUUCUUCUGUUUCAUCGAAACACGGACACCACAGGUUUUCAGCCUCCCGGUUUGGUGACAGUAGUCAUGGUGGAAGAAGAAACAGUGACUGGUAGCAAAAAGGCCUGUCAGAAAUGGUGUGGCCAUUGUGUGAUAUUCUCUUAAAAGGCUAUUCUCUGGUUAUCAUUGUCAGAGUUGAUGCUCACUUAGGCAUUUGGUUGUGCAAACAAAAACAUCGGCAUGACAGAUGGGAACCUGGGCAUGUGAACAACUUUGAUUAAGAUUAAGAUUUACUCCCUUACCCCUAUUAAUUUUUGAAUUAUUUUUUUAAUCUGGGUGAUUGUAAUUUUACAAGUAAUUUGUGAUUUGUUUUUUCCCUUAGAAAGGAGGAAUCAACUAUUGUUCCUUAUUUUAUAGGUAUCAAAAUAUACAUUGUAUCCAAAUCAUGUAACAUUGUAUUGUUGAGGAGCUUUGCUUGUAGAAUUUGGAAAUGAUUCUCUUCACGUCUCCUGC